AUGAAAAAGAAACUCUACAUCGGAGAGAUUCUGUCUCUCUUGGGGGCUCUCCAGCUAUAUUUAUCCUCAGACCAUCUGGAGGCCCAUUUUAUGGUGAUACUUACCAUAGAAAAUUUUCUGUCGUCUCUCAUUGUUUUAAUGAUGUCCGUUCCGUUUGCAAUUAAAAACACCACUUUCAAAGAAGCCGUCCAAAUACAACCAGAAUAUCUUCCGCUCGGACUAUUUGCAUUUGGAGAGUAUUCUUCUUGGUAUCGAGGCGCAGGAAUGACGUCUUUGAAAACAGCAAUGGCUGCAAGGGGCCUAUGCUAUCCAUUAUCUGUGCUGCUUAUGUUCAUGCUGUCAAGAACAGCUAAGGAGAAUAUCUUAAGGAAUUUCAGUUUUGUUCUGGUAGUUCUAAUGAAUGUGUAUAAAUCUGUUCAAUAUAGCAAUGACGGAUUCUUCGACGUUCUCUUUGGAAUCAUUUACCUGUCACUUUAUGUAAUCUUUAGUGUUUCUUCAGACUUCAUGACGGUUUGUAUGACAAAUCGAAGCGGACUACCAAAGUUUCUCCUGGCAAGCUCAUUUUACAUCUGGAUAUAUUCGUUUAUUAUAUUGGUCGACUCUGGAUUGAGAUACAAUGAUAUCCAUGUGUUUAUAGAAAAAAACACCUCCAAAUCAAUUCUUCUUUUGAUCACCUCUCUUCUACUCAGGGUCUUGAGCGCAUACUAUAUACAGAGGUUUGGGAUAGUUGCAUAUAAUACAACCAAGAUAUCAAACUAUAUCUAUUUUAUCAUCUUAAGGAGCUUUACGGGACUCGAGCGGAUUUGGAGGGCCGAAGAUACGCUAUUCCACCUAAGUAUCUACUUUCUAAUUCUCUUCUUUAUUAAGUUUGAAGAGUCCCAAGAAGGAAGAUUGGGGCUUGGAUUGUAG